ACAGUUCAAAUAAUGAUAAUAUACUCGUAAAAUCUGUCACAAUAAAAUAUGAGAAAAAUCCACUAAUAAAAAUUGAAAGGUUGUUUCCGAAACUAUCUUGUGCACUUUCCCGUGUGAUGUAUUUGGAAAUUAGAUCCAUCCUCUAAAGUCUAAGCCCACGGCCCAAAAAACAAAGACAAGAAUUAGGGAAAGCCUUUUUAAAACCCUAAAGUAUAGCCAACGAGAUCAACGCAAAACUCUGAACGGAGGCGCCGCUGCAGACUCCUAGAGAGAGAAGUCGCAGGAUUAUUUUCAUCACUGACAAAAAUGGCGGACAAGGCAGUGACUAUUAGGACUAGGAAGUUCAUGACCAAUAGGUUACUUUCGAGGAAACAAUUCGUUGUCGAUGUGUUGCAUCCUGGAAGAGCCAAUGUUUCCAAGGCUGAGUUGAAAGAGAAAUUGGCAAGGAUGUAUGAAGUGAAAGAUCCAAAUUCCAUAUUUGUUUUCAAGUUCAGAACCCACUUUGGAGGAGGCAAAUCCACUGGCUUUGGUUUGAUCUAUGACUCUGUUGAGAAUGCGAAGAAGUACGAGCCAAAGUACAGGCUGAUCAGGAAUGGAUUGGACACCAAGGUGGAGAAGUCCAGAAAGCAAAUGAAGGAGAGGAAAAACAGAGCCAAGAAAGUCCGCGGUGUUAAGAAAACAAAGGCCGGAGAUGCCAAGAAGAAGUGAUCUGUUUGUAAUUGUAGAUGAAGAGGGAGAAGUAUUUUGCCUAGAUAUGCUGUCGCAUUUAUGUUUUUAUUAUGGGACCUUUUUGUUGACUCUUUUCAAUUUUGCUUAUGGUUACUCCAAUAUAUUUUGCAUGUUCAAGUACUAUUAAUAGAUCAUCAUCAAAAUUGAAUGGAUUGUUAGAAUA